CGCGGAAUAGUAGUUCCUGCGACAAGCACAAUCAGUACUUUGCACGCACGCACACACCAAGCAAGAUGGAGGGUGGUGGAGGAGAGAAGGCGCUGCAGACGGGCGACCUGGUGCAGCUGUCGUGCUGCAGUGGGCUGGCCACGGGGCUGCUCACGGGGGAGGCCUUUGGAAGCGAUGCGUGCAGCCUGAAGCCGCUCGGCACGGCCGAGUAUGACCCCUCGUCUUCCUCAUCUUUGCCUCUGCAGCAACAGCAACUGCAGCAGCAGCAACAACAGGAGCAGGACCAGCAAACUCUCCUGAACAGCUCGACUUACUCGCUUGGACUGCUGGCCCCGACAGUGACUGUGGAGAACGAGCAGCGCUCACGCCAUGCGAGCAUGCGCGAACCGUCUCUCACCAGCCGCACGACUGGCCUGACGGCACGCGAUCUCACCCAGCACCCCGAGGAGACGCCCAUGGCCAGUGUCGGCGAUGUCACCACCUGCACGUUUCAAGUCGUCAUGGCGGUCUCUGCUCGUGGACUUCCGCAAAUGUCCAGUGCGGCCUUCCAGGCCGGCACCAACAAGACCGUGCUUUACGGUCACGCAGUACAGUUGAUGCACGUGGCCAGCCAGCGCUUGCUCGCAUGCUUGCACACAGACGCGCCGACACAAGGCGAUGGUGGACAGGGCCUCGCUCUGCGCGUUGGGCUGGUUGACCCUGGUGCCGCCGCAACCAGCAGUGCAAAGACGUGGUUCCGCGUCAAGUCCGCCACACACCAGCGCAGCGAGGGCGAGAAGGUGUGCAUGGGAGACGAGGUGUAUCUGGUGAGCGAACCGGAGCAGCGGUAUGUGCGUGUGGAGCUCGGCCAGACCAGCAUGCGCGUCGUCGCAUCCUUCUACAAGACCUCGUGGUGCAUCAUCCCCUAUCGUGCGCGCGCACAUGCACCGGCCGUCACGCCGUCGCUCGUCGGGGAUGAUGUCGUGCAGUUGCGAUCAUUGCGCAGCAAAGGCGUCCUCGCCACCCCGACCAACACGGUCAAAUGGCAUCUUGCCCGCAUGCGCCACGGCGGCGAAGAUGCCACGGCCCACACGUUUGUGUCUUCUGUUGAAAUCCUUCCGUCGGCACCAGAAGGACUGCGAGAGGCACGAACGCUGUGGCGGGUGGAGAAGGUGGCGCCCUCGUGGCGCGGGUCCGCCGUCACCGCCGCAGACAAAAUCAGGCUCAGGAGCCUUGCCACUGGCGAGUGCCUGAUGUUGCAGGUCAUGUCCUCCCAGACGGUGAUGGUCGACGCGCCCUCAGAUGAUGAUUAUGACGACGACGAUAGCACAUCCACACAGCACCAACAGCAACACCAAUCACAAUCACGACAACAGCAGCAGCAGCAGCAGCAGCAGCAGCGCGGGCUUGUUCGUGGCGAGACGAUCAACCCACGCGCAUCGCCAACCCCAACACCGCUGCCACGAUCUACAUCGGCCUCCACAACGGCAACGCGGACCGGGAGCACCAGUGGACGCACCCUGUCAACAUCAUCAGCGCACCAACAGCAGCAGUCGCAACCGCAACGUCCGUUGCACCGAAUGCUGGCAACAACAGCCAGCGGCAGCGGUAGUGGCAGUGGGAGUGGGAGUGGCAGCUCUCUUCAGGUUCCACGUCGCACCACCCCUGGUGUGACAGUUGGUGCUCCUGAUGAUGACGACGACGAUGACGAGGAUGAUGAUGACAACAGCAGAGGAGUUGAGACAAGGGGAAGGCAGCGCACGCGCAGCGUCGAUGACAACAAUGAUGAUGACGAUGACGAUGACAAUCACGGCGACGACGGUGUAGAUGAUGGUCAGGAGCAUCACGAGGACGAGCAGCACCCGCCCUACCACGUGCGCUCCCGAUCACAGCUCCAGGGCGCAACACACCCUGCCGCCUCCCGAAAGUCCAUGUACCGCGGCCGCAUUCGCUCACGCGUGCUCUCACCACUCGCCCGACCAAUUUCGGCAUCAGCCGCUGGCAGUCGCUCGCCAAGCGUGACCUAUCGCUUGCUGGCAACGCCGCGGCGAUCAGCGAAUGCGGUGCGACCUCGAAGCGAGGAGGACUACAUUGUCAGCGUGCCCCUGAUUGAAGCGGAGCCUAUGGAGAUGAUGGGCGAAGCUGACGUGCUUGAUGGCAAUGAUGAUGGUGAUGACGGUGAUGGCAGGGUGAGGGCGAGUGCCAUUGCUGAGAGCUCGGCGCGUGCCCGUGACACCAUCAUUCCCUCCAACAGCAGCACUGUCCUGGACAUUCUGCCAAAGAAGCCCAUGAUGCCAGGAAGCCACGUUGUGAUUGGCGACACGAAGGUGCUGCUGCGCCACAAUGCAACCGGCAUUCUCGUCGACGUCACCCCAACAGCAAGCGAUUCGGCGCAGGCGGCCGCUGCUGGUGACGACGACGAUACGCGCGUGCUCGUCAUACCGCGGACGUCAGCGCACGUGGACGACGGGUUCCAGUUUGUUCGGCUGGAGGAGGUCAUUGCUCGCGAUGUUGCCGCCAUCAUCGCCGCACGCCAGCGCAUGCUCUCGUUCCUCGCGGGGCUGUACGCCCGCCCGCAGGUUGGCGCGGCGUCGGCGUCGGUCGUGUUUGCGUUCCGGCAGCUCAUCAUCCAGCUCCGCUCCUUCCUGUCACACGGCAAAGCAGCGGUGCGGCGAAUGCGACAGGACUAUUUCCGCGUCGAAGGCCUCCUCGACCUCUCCAUGGAACUGCUGCGCUGUCCGCUCGAAGACCUCAACUUCUUCUCGCUGUCCGACCUCGCGCGCAAACCCGUGUUUCGGCCGUGGCGCAAGCUGUACCAGUCGUGCUGUGCACUCCUACGCACAGCUGUUGAAGGCAACCCCAACAACUGCAUCCCCUUCCUUUCCUCACACAGGCUCGACAAGUUAAUCUCGUGGAUGGGGCAUGCGCUUGGCGUGACGCGGCUUGUGUGCGCCGUGAUCCAGAACAACCCAAUCAUCCAAACAAAGCUCAGCACACUUCGCCUCAAGUCGUUUAUCGACAUUGUCAAGCAGUCGUCGUGCAACACCAAGGUGCUUGAGGUGCUAUCGACGGUGUGUCUGUUCGGCGACGUUGCUGUGCGCAAGAACCAGAAUUACAUAUGUGACGGUCUCGUCAGGGCUGCGCAGCACCACCUCGUACUACCAUCGCUUGUGCCCCGCGUGCGCUGCUUCCGCGCGUCCGCGUGUGUGAAGUGCAUCCCUCUUGACGACGACGCCGGCGGUGGAACAACCGGUUAUCCAAAAUGGUACUUUGAGGUUGAAGUUACCGGUGUGCACUCCUCACGCGCCGGCCUGCGGGUUGGAUGGGCAACCAACGACUAUCGUGACGAGUCAUCGGUUGGGGUUUUGCCUGGAGAUGACAUCUUCUCCUGGACAUUCAAUGGAACAAAUCUCCACCACGGCGGACGCACGUUCCGCUCAACACACACGCUCGCGGCUCUCAAGCCAGGGGAUGUGUUUGGGUGUCACGUGGACCUUGAGGAAGGACUGAUGCAUUUCACCAUCAAUGGCAGAGAGAUUGCCACGCACUUUUCAAACAUCAUGCUCAAAGAUGUGGGCUUGUUCCCAAUCGCUUGUGUGGACGAAGGGGUGUCGCUUGUCUUCCGUCUUGGAUCAGAUGCAAGCCCACUCAAGCACGCGCCGAAGGACGGAUACUCACCUGUCAGCGAGGCGGUGAUUGACGCAGCCGACCUUGCUGUUGGCCCCGUGACCGCGACUGCAACCAUUGCAAACCACAUUGGGCACAUCCACCUCGCCCAGCCAACAGCAACACACCUCCCACAGGCCACAACUGGGCGGUUUUUCCUGCAGAAGAAGAAGGCGCCCGAGUUUCGCCUGGAGAUUCUGCAAGGAUCAACCAUGAUUGCAUCCAUCCCCAUCAAGCGGGAGGAAGAUGUGCCCGCACACCGCCGGCGGCAGUGGGCGAAUGCCACGCGAACACAUCCACUUCGCAUCAUCCGUUGCCGCACCCUUGACACGAUUGGGUUUCAAGUGCGGGGUCCGGACAACGAGUUGCAGCAGAUUUACACGUCCGAAGAAGCGCUGUACACAUACACAUGCAGGGCGAGCGCGCUGCACAAUUCGCUGUCACUGCCGCUCUCCUCCGAUGGUAUGCGCAUGGCAACCGUGCCCAUCGCGUUUGUUGACGUCGACAACACCACCAACGGCAACACCAGCACCAGCACCAGCAGCGAGGGGGAUACACACGCACUUUCGCGUGCAGGGAACACAGACGCCGAUGUGGGUGCGAUGACAUCAGCAGCGACAACUGCAACGAACACAGCGACUGCCAGUGCGCCGUCUGUUGACGGUUUGAGCGCGGCGGAGAAGCGGAAUGACGAAAUCAACACCGGAAUUCUUCUCCUGCACGGGCCGUUCUGUGAAGGCGCCGCAGAGGUGUUUGUGCCACGCCCACUCGACACAAGCAGGGUGCAACUGCCCCGUGGACUGCUGGAUGAGGUUGGGGAGCAGCUGGCAGAGAACGUGCACGAGAUCUGGUCAAAGGGGAAGAUUGAGGACGGGUGGUCGUUUGCGGCCGUUCGUGACGACGGAGCGAAGAAGCACCCCAUGCUGAUUCCCUACGAUGAGCUCUCAGACUCGGAGAAGGCAUAUGAUCUUGACCUUGCUGUGGAGACUCUCAAAGUCCUUCAGACGGCUGCGUUGUUUUACUCUGGCCACGUGCCCCGCUAUCUUCCGCUGGACCCGCGGCUGUACAUUGUUGAGCACCAGCUCCACCCGCUCUCCUUCACCAUCAAGCAGACGGCACUUGCAGAGCAGUCAGCUGGCAUCCUGCCGCAGCCCUCGUUCCGGAGUUCGCUCGGUGUCCGGUUGAGCGGACUCUCGGGCCGGUUCGCCUUUGCCAUCACCUUCAGCGUGGAGGACGACUUGGUGACGAGCUGGUUUGGGCUCACCACCGCCAUCUUCAUGCCAGGCUUUGAAGAUGAGAGCAACGCGCGCGUGGUGGUGAAGCAUGUGCAGAACACGCAGCAACACCAGCCAAAGCAGCAACAACAACAGCAGCAGCAGCAGCAAAAACAGCGGUCGGCUGCGCGUUCUGAUCGCAGUCGCGGUCCCCUGACGCGCCUUCAACGCCGGCGCUUGUCGUCCUCUGUGGCCAGCUCCGCUUCCACGUCAGGCAACACUUCACCGCCAAUGGCUGAGGAAUCAUCAGCACCGUCAUCAUCAUUGUCUUCUUCGUCUCCACCCAACACGCGGACGGUGGAUGCACGCCAGGGGCUGUUGUUUGAAGGAGCGAGCGUGUUGCGUCAUGCAGCUGUUGUUGCAGCCGUGCGAGACCACCGCCCUCUGCGGUUCAUCAUCGAGCUCAACAUUGAUGCGCGCACGGCGACGCUGUCGCUGGAUGGGCGCACGGUUGCAACACGACACAUCAGCAACCGCGUGCAGGGUGCCCUGUACCCGUUCUGCUCGCUGGAUCCAAGCAGACACACUGCGCUUCGCAUCGACUUUGCGCCUGAGGGGCUUCUUGCCCCCGUUGGUCCGCUGUCACGGGCAAUGGUGGCCACUGCACUGGACAGCCCAACACCACACGCAUACACACGCACCACGUGCAGCACUGAUGUCCUGAACACUGGCAGUGGCCAUACUGCUCAAGCUGGUGCCGAUGGUGAUGGCGGUCGUGGUGGCGGUCGUGGCGAUGGUGACGGUGAUGAUGAUGAUGAUGAUGAAGGGGACAGUGGUUUGUUGCUCAUCAGCCAAACGCGGUCCAGCACGGCUGAGGAGAGCACAGGCGACACCAUGAACAGCGGCGCAGCUGACGAUGAAUAUGUGUUGCCGCGCAAUCUCACGCUGUUCCUGCUGCGCACAGACGCGUGGGAGCCCGUACACCCACAGCCUUCGCACUCGACAGCAAGAGCAACUGCCGCAGACGUCUUCACGACUGGGCAUCAAGCACGCAGCGGUGGCGAUGGCGAGAAUUCAGCGCACGGCGGUGGCGAUGACGCGGGUGUGUCCGGUGCAUGUAAGGUGGUGGACGCGUCGUUCCACUGCCGUGUCGGCAUGGCGGCCGCACGUGCGCUUGUGUUCUCAGUUCCCCUCAUGGGGCGGGUUGAUGCGCAGUCGCUGUUGGAGGAACCCCGCUUGGCAGAGUACGCGGCAGAGACCAUCAACCUCCUGGGAAAAGUGUGUGCACACGGUAACGAUACCGCCAUCCAGCUUGUCUCGCGCGUGUUCACGCCAGACAUCAUGCACGCAACGGUCAGCAGCCAGUACACCGACAGCCGUGUUCGCCUAGCGGCCUGGGACCUCCUCUUUGAAAUGCACGACUCACGCCGCCACGUCAAUAAAGGCGGCCCGUUCAUUGUUCCCUGGCAGGACGACGCAAGCAAACGUAGACGCAUGUCACUCCACUCUCUCAAGAAGUCACGACAGCUUGAGCAGUUGCGGGUUCAGCGCGACCAGCAAGAACAGCAGCCACUGCGCACAAGAAGAGGGGCAGCAGCGACAGCGCAGACCAGCCCACAGAUGGAAUCGUUCUCGUUUGGCAUGAUGAAACAGGCUGCACUGGAUGGACUGAAGCUUGAAUUGCUGCGAGCAACACAGGCAGGCGGCGUGUGCUUUUCGCUGCAGCAGACCAUCAUUGCACGCCUGCUGCUGGUUUGCAGCCGGUUCAUGCGCAUGAUGCUGUUCGAGGAGCGAGACAUGCUGUGCUUGCUCCGUCUGAUUGACGCAACCCGCUUUGCUGGCACCAACAACAGCACCGACAACGCCAACAAUGCAAGCUGCAACAACGCUGGCAACAACAGUGCAAGCAACAACAACGCCGGCAACAGCAGUAGCAGCAAUGUGUUGGUGUCAAGCCCUGACAUUGGGUUGAACCUCAUCGGCGUUGCACAGAUCAAGGGCCUGAGUGACGCGGUGAAGACGGCGAUGGUGGUGUUGUUCCACGACUUUUGCGACAUCUUCAUGGAGCGGUGGCUGCUUGAUCUCGUGUCAUGCGGUGUCACGUUCCUCUCAACGGCAGCGGACCUGCAGCAGCAGCGCGCACACAACAUGCACCUGCACGAAUCAAAGCUCGAUGUGGAGAUGCGCAAGCCCGUCGCACAACAGAUUGAAGGGUUUGUUGGCACAAGGGGUGCACCUGUGCGGAUGAGCGCUGAUGAUGGUGGAACAGAUGACACACGCGCGCAAAUCAACAGUCAGCGGCUUGUGCUGUGGAAGCAGCUGAAGUCAUUCUACUCCACGUGGAUCCACCAAAGAAGCGGGUGGCAGCGGUCGCUUGGCGAGCUCAUCACGGACAGCACAACAGCGUGGAUGCAGGAUCCGAGGUCGCACCAGCGCCUGGUGUAUCUGUGCUCGUGGCUCCUGUACCGACAGCAUAGCACCGUGCAGGAAGCCCUCGACAUUCUGCCCAACUUCUAUCUCCUCAGCACCGCGGCGGAGCCCGUGCGCGUGAUGGAGAUGGUGGAAGAGCUUCACCUUCGCCUCACAUGCCUGAUGACGGAGGAGGAAGAGGUCAGGGUCGUCUCGCUGCUGCGUGCACUCACGCGCUCUCCAAUCCGCGCCACGCACCCGGACAUUCUGCGAAGUCUCGACUGCCACACGCUUGCUGUGCGCGUCAUUCACUAUGCUGUUCGCCACGGUAGCGCCGCGCAGCGGUUUGAGCUGGUGCACGCUGCAUGUCGCUUUCUCGUGCGGUUCUGUCGCACCCACGCCAUGUCCGGUAGCAUGGGCAACCAGGCAGCCCUCUUCCCCCACUUUACAGGCCUCCUUGACCUCCUCCUCGCCAACCCAGACUACAUCUUUGACGAUGAGGCCUUUGCCGCUUUGGAGGAAAGUACGUCCGGCAGCGUGCCGUUUGUGGUCGACGUUCUCAUCGAGAUUGUCAGGGACAACGCGCACCUCUCGUCGCAGGUGCAGCUGGAAACAAUCGACCACAUCAUCGACCUGCUCGAAGCAAGCCUGUCCUCGGAGGUUGUAGAUGGCGAAAAGGUCACCGUCGUCACGUCGUUUGGCAGCAGCCGCCUGCUCUCGCUCCUGAAGCACAUUGUCAACGUGCAGGGCCAGCCACUCGAUAUCGGCGCAUCCAUGGUCCUGCGAUCACUCACGCGCAAGGUGCAAUGCCUUCAGCCGGCGUUUGCGGCCAACGCCACGUCUCGCCUCCUGUCAGAGAUGCGCGGACCAGAGACGAUUAUCACGCCAACCAUACGGUACCACGUGGACCUGGUGGAGCUGCUUGCAGCGUGUGCGGAGACGCCUCUGCAUGAAUUGAGCGCCAGCUCGUCAACAGCAGCCGUAUCUUCAGCAUCACGUCGCAGUGGUGUGUCAACGGCAGGUGCCCAGCCUUCGUUUACGACCCGCAAUGGUGAUGAGAGCAGCAAAACUGCCAUGCUUGCCAUGGAUGCUGACACUCAGCUUUCAGGCAUACCAGGCGUGGCGGGCAAAGCAAAGGCCCACCGCCCGCCGCUGCACUCGCUCUCGUGGCUGAGCAGCUCAGCACGAGCAACGCCAGUGCCAGGCAGCCAGCCCACAGCGGCAGCAAUGCCCACCAUCACAACAGCAGGGGCCCGCGGCACUGGGCUCGCCCUGCAGUCCAAGCUGAACAACCGGAGGGCGGUGGUCUCGUCUGCUGUUCGCUUCCCGCUCACCAAGGCACCAUCGCUUGCUGCACAUUCACUCAGUGGCGGCGAUGAUGACGACGACUCCCAUCAUCACCACCACCACCACCAACACGACGGCCCCGCGUCUGGUCAAGACGGCACGUCAGCGGGCUCGGGCAGUGGCAGUGGCGAGGACAGCGCACAGCAGCAGGGCCAGCAGCAUGAUGGCCGGGACAAGGGCGAGGCUUCCACGAUGAAGUCUGCUGUGCAUGCGGUGGCGGCAGCGGCACACGAGAGCACGCAGACGGUGCUGCGGACCCUUCUUCCGCAAUCUAGCCUUGAAGACAUUUUGCGCUCGCCGGUGACCCCGCAGGCCAUCAAGACGCCGUUUUUCAACUUCUUCCUGGCCGUGUUCAAGGUGGUGGACCAGGCACAGCUCUUUGACCUCGUGCGCCACGUCAUUCUGCCGGACAUUCACGCGGCAAUGAAGGAAAUCGAUCCCAACGAUGGUGACGAGGAGAAUGGCAGUGGUCGUGAUGGUGCUGACAACACCACCACUGCCACCGCCACUACCACCACCACCACCACAUCCGCAACGACAGCAGGAACAGCAGCAUCAGCAACAUCAGCACGCACCGCAGCGUCAUCGUCGGCAGCGGCACCAGCAGCAUCGAGCACUGCAACUGCACAAGGGGCAGCAACGGGCGAAGGCACAGUCAGCCCGCUGUCUCGCAGCUCCAGCGUGUGCAGCCUGUCAUUCUUGGCCAUUGCUGCGCAGUGCCCGAUCAAGCACAUGUUCAAGGUCACGCUGCCCUUCCUGUACCGCCACGGUGCCCUGUUUGCCAACAGCGAGGAGUAUGCCUCUCUGGUGGAGGACGUGAUUACAAACCUGGUCAAGUGCGCACCGCUCGUCGGCAAGAACCUCAAGCGCACGCGUGACCUGAACCUGUGCGUGUCCACGCUGCUUCGCUACUCCAACCCGCGCUCCCUCGUGCGGUUCCUCCGCUCUGCCGUGCGCUGCCUGCGCCACGACCUCUUCAGCCCCAUGUCACUGUGCCUGCUGCGCGUGCUGCGUGACUUUUACACCGCCCACGCAGACUACUACCGUGGUGCGUCGUCCUACACGCCCGUGUUCCGCAGACAGGCCGACACCGACGCGGCUGCACGUGACACAGGCAACUUCCCCUUUGCAGCAGCGGCGCGCGCUUCCUCCUCGUCACCCGGCCCCAACACAUCCGGACAGCAGCAGCCGCUAUUGGCGUUUGACAUCAGCGGUGGCGGCGGUGACGGCAGCGGCAGGAGCACGCCGCUGCCCGGACCAGAGGUGUAUGGCGUUGCUGGCGAUGACUGCAUUGAGGUGAGCAUGGCUGCGUUUGUGGAGGUGUGGCAAGCAGCGCUGCACACACAUCGCAACCUGGACAAGGCGCCCGCCAACUACACGGAUCCGCUGCGCACGCUGGUGCUCGAAUGCCUGUCAUCCGUGGCGGCUGCUGUUGGCCCGGCCAUGCACACGCAGAUGGUGGCUGGCGAGAAGCGGUGGCUGCAGCGCGAUCCCCGCGGCCCGUACCGCCCCGCACCGGUUGACACGUCGCACAUCACCCUGACGGAGGACCUGGAGGCGCUUGUGGACGCUUUUGCCAAGCGCUCGCACGAGCUGUGGGCGCUGGCGAAGAUUCGCCAGGGGUGGGCCUAUGGUCCACAGCGCGACGACAGUCGGAAGAAACAUCCGCUGCUUCGCCCAUACGAGGAGCUGGCGGAAGAGGAUAAGGCAUACAACCGCGAGACGAGCCGGGAACAGGUGAAGGUGAUUAUGGCCCUUGGCUGGACCAUCAAGAAAGCAGACAGCUUCACGCUUCAGCGGCAGCGCGCGGCACGGCUGGCCGCCACGCCAUCGGAGCAAGAGCGCUCUCGCCAGCACCAGGGCGGCGGGAAUGGUGGUGACAACGACGAUGAUGACGACUCUGCUGGUGAAGAGCAGACGAGUGGCACUGCCGGUGCAGCAAGCAACGCACCUUUAGCGUCUGGCACGACGACGGCGAGCGCCACCCCAACCACGCUCUCUCGCAGUGGGAGUGGCGGCCGUGGGCUGACGGGCCCUCUGUCUCGCUCCGCAUCCGCUCGCAUCAGCAGGCACCUGGAGGAUGACGAUGAUGAUGACGACGAUGACGAUGCCGACGAAGAUGGCAAUCACGGUGGCGGAAGCGGCUCGGCCCAUGGUCCUGGUGGUGGCCGGGAUGCAACGCGGUCCAUUGCAUCAUCCGCGCCAACCACGUCAUCGCCGUCACCAGCACCGGCCCUGCCGCCCUCGCAGUCGUGGCGGCCACAGCCCGUGAACCUCUCUGGCAUCCGGCUGAGCGAGGAUGUGCUUGCAGUGCGAGAGCAGCUCGCAGAGAACUCGCACGACGUGUGGGCGGUCAAGAAAUUGCAGCAGCUGCGCAGUACGGGGCAGCGCCACCCCGACCUCAUGCCAUACGAUCAGCUCACCGACGAGCAGAAGGCGUACGAUCGUGACUCCAGUGCAGAGACGCUUCGAUACCUCAUUGCCAGCGGAUAUGAGCUCACGCGCCGCACGAAGACGACGCGCAAGGGCGUGCGCUUUGCGCUCAUGCUGCUUCGGCUGGUUGCUGCCGUGGUGGUUGGCGCUGAUGUGAGCGCAGAGCAGGCAGCGGCCGACGGGUUUUCCUGGCCCUCGCGCGUGCGUGUGCAUGACGACAACGACGAGACGUGGCCGCAGGCAGUUGUGGAUGAGCUCACGUGCACGAGCCACGCACCGCGGCGCACGCCAACACCCCCCUCUUCCACGGGUGGCGGUGGCGAUGAGGAGGAGGAAGAAGGGUCUCGCUCCCUCCCUCGCAUCCGCCCCCAGCGCCGGCGGUCACGGCAGCAGGGUGUAGCGCACGAAGCACGCGCGAAAGGCACGACAGGUACACAGGGCAAUGCGGUGGUGGAUUGGCAGCGGCGCAGCAAGCAGUUGCGGUGGUUUGUGCUGCCACUGCUGCAGCGUGUGCUGGAGUGCUUCCGCGAACACCUACUGCCAGCGACACGCUACACGCAUGGCGGCGUCCCCGAGCCAGAGCACCGCAUGCUGGCCCUGCUCGUGCAGGAGCUGUUGCGCAGCACGGCGCACAUUGACGACGUGAACAUGGUGCGCGGGUCGCUGGUGGCCAUCGUUCGCAGCUUCUACCUCUCUGCGGCGCCCUCUGACGAUGCUGAGAAUGACGAAGACACGCCUGAAGCACCAGCACCAGCAGCAUCGAAGCUCUCGCUCUCAACAACAGCACCAGCAACGGGAUCAGCAACACCAACAGGCGCAGCAGGAACAGCAGCAGCAGGAACAACGACUGGUUCGUCGUCAAGUCUUAUGAAGAGCGCCUCGACGGGCGGGACAACACGGAGACGAAAGCGCCCAUCCUUCGCAUCUGCCAUGAAUGCGCUCCGUCUCGUGCGCUCACGGACAUCACCGCGGUCCCGUCGCCGCCGCUUUGGAAGCGGCAUGCAGCCGGCGGAGGGUGCUGGUGUUGCCUCGCAGUUUCACGCGCAGCUGGCAGCGUCGCCCACGGCGCAGGGCCAUCCACCGGUUGUGAACCAGCUGCUUAAGGCAUGCGCUGAGCUGUUCUCGCAGUUCCUGCACCGAUGCGGUGACGUGCAUGUGCCAUCGCAGCGACACGCCACACGGUCCCCGCCUGCAACAAACGAGCACUCUGCGUCAGCACAAAGCACAAACACUGGCGACACAGCAGGAGCAACAGCAGCACGCGGCGGCAAUGAAGGCGACGAUGAUCACGAAGCCGUGCGCCAGCGCCUUGCACGCGUGUGUGCAUCGGUGGUACUGCCCAUGCUGCGGGCGUUCUUUGAAACCCACGGGGGCGCCACGUGUCUGCUGUGUGACGUUGCAGACUCGCACAUGCGUACGGUGCUUCAUGCAUGCAGCAACCCGGUGUUGCUGACAAAGCUGUCUGCCCUGGAUACCUCUGUGCACUCCUCUGCUCGCUCAUGUCUCUUUCACGUGUCGCGCUGCAUCCCUACACCGUUCACGCCAGACCUCAACACGAACCACGCUCGCCAUGGCGAUGGCAGUGAUGUCGAUGAUGCCGAUGAUGAUGAUGAUCGUGGUGAUGGUGUUGAUGAUGAAGAGGACGCUUUGCCGACCACGGUGGAUGGUGCUGUUGCGAUGCUGGAAAGUGUUGCAGACUCGCGCCACCUGGAAAGUUCACAGGCAGGGCGGCUGCUGCGCCUUGUGCCCAUGCUGUGCGGGCAUUUGACGCGGUUCACAUCGAGUUCUGGUGACUCUGCUCCCGUGCACACGCUGGAGACAACGGCCACGCUGCUCACGCGCAUGCACAUGCGGCUGUCGGGCAACAGCGACACGCGCCACCUUGCACGGCAGCUCACGCCGUUUGUUCAGGCGGUGCUGCGUAUGCCCAGCUUCAACUUGGACCUGUACCUGUUCUCUGCUGUGACCACCGCGGCACUAUCUGUAAUUGACCGCGCCCCGGAGUACGAAGGCCUUCCCCACGCCACAUCCGAUGAGCAGCUCAAAGAAAGCACGGCACACCUCAUGACCGCACUGCCGCUCAUGGCAUCCUACCUGCAGGCGCGUGUUGAGCGUUACAGCCUGCUGAUGCAAAACCAUCCAACCAUGCUGAAGCCAACAGCACAGGAUUUGGUACGCUUCCCCGUUGCCGCGCGCUUGAGUCAGGCGUGCGUCAGCAUCCUCAAUGUGUACACUCUCAAGCAAGACGUGAGCGGCAUCGGGCAUGCCUUCCGCUCAACGUGCAGCGCUGCGGAAGUGGACGCGAACACCACGGUGUUUGUGCAAUUGUGCCGGGAGAAGCUAUCCCCUGAGGAGCUGCUUGCUCUCCGUCGAACAUCGCAGCGCUUCAAGGACGCAAAGGCGGAUCCAGCGCAGGUUCGCGCGUGCAUUUCACGCAUGCUGGAGAGCACGAAGCAAUCGACAUCAUCGUCAGCAUCAUCGUCUUCAACGUCGUCGUCAGCGGCCAGUACCACAGCACGCCAGUCGCGCUUCUCGGCCUCCAUCACACUGCGGAACACAGAGCCGGCGGCGCCGCAAGCCGCCCGCGUGCUGUUCCUGUGGCAGCUGAUGCGCGCGUACCGUGUGCUGAAGCGACGCCAAGAGCAGCGCGCAAGCAGGGGCGGGGCACCACGCACUGCGGGCAUGUGGCGACGCGCUCUUGUGAUGCAGCAGAAGAAGCACAUUCUCGACUGCUUACGCAUGGUGCCGUUCUACCGCAGCUUUGAGCGCUCCCAGACAGACAGCAUCAGGCACUUUAUCAGGGCGUUCCAUGACGCGUGGCUGGGAACGGAGGAGACAAUUCGCGUGAAUGCAAUGAACCAGCAGCUGGAAAGCGCGUCAAACAUGUCUCGCCCUCUUCCUCUCACUGAAGGCGAUCGCGGUGACGCCCUGUUGCGGCUCAUCAACAUGCUCACCGCUCUCGUCACAGAAGAAGAAAACUUUGGCGUGCCCGCGGCCGACAAGCACCGUGUGUUUGUCAACUUAUUGCAGGCGCUCAGCAAGCGCUGUGACUGGCGCGAUGAGUACAGCAUGGACCUGGUCGAAGGCGACGAUGACCUUGACGACUACGGAGACGGCGCCAGCACGGAAUCAGCGCUUGUUGAGCAGCGCCGGGAGACGAGGGAGAGGAGACAGAAUCAGCUCGCAGAGAGGGGCGCGUGCCGUCUCGUCGCUCGCGGCAUUGCGGCGUUUGCCCAGUCAAAGUCGAGACACCGGCAUGAGUUCCGGGCCAACACGCUGCAGCCUGCGAUGGACUGCGCCCUGAAGCUGGUGAUUGUGUUCACGCAACUGCGGCAGCUUGGCGAUGCCGCUGUCAACACCGAGCUCGCAACCUUCCUCCAGCCAGGAUCAGCAGGCAAGCUGCUGAUGCGGCACUUUGAGAAGGAGCUUGCGGUGGUUGAGAUUGUGGGCAAGAGCGGGCGCGUUGAACGUGUGUUCUUCCCCGUCGAUCCAUCGCAGCUUGCACUGUACUUUGCGCCGGAGGUACAAGAGACAAAGGCGGCGUUUUUGCGCACUGUCGAGAGGGAGAACACGAAGCUCAAGCACAUUCAGUUUGUUGAUUUCUGCGAAGACACCAUCUUCGCCAUGAAGCAGACGACGCAACUUCUUGGUGCACCAGGCGACAACACCGGCGCUUCUGCGCUGGGCGACUUGGCCCAUGAACGAAGGCAUUCCUUUUGGCGGUUCGAGAAGACAGCGACGGCAUGGUUACGCGUGUCCUCGUUCCUUGCCAACUACCACAGCGUGUUCCGCACCGCGGCCUUUGCCAUCGUGCUUGCCAUCAACAUCAGCCUUUUGUACUACGAGGGCCGACCGACGAAGCAGGCGUCAUCAACAGCACAGCGGUUCCUGCAGUGGUGUUUGCCCACCAUGACGUCUGCCCAUGUCCUCCUCUCCUUCCUCCUCCUCAUCGCCUUCAUCAUGCUCAGGGUGCCGAUGAUUCUGUUCAAGCACGAGAAGCAGAUUGUCCGCCACUUGCGGGAGGUUGACGUCGAGUGGAUGUCGGACAGGCCGACGCUGAGAGGCAUGUUUGAUGUGGACGCGCUGUCCCGUGUGUGGCACAACCUGGCGCUGACGUCACGGAGUUUCCCGAUGAUUUAUCACGAUCCAGACGCACGCGAAUACGCGCUGGAGCAAGCGCACAACGAAGGCGUGGACGUUGACGGGCUGAUUCCGCCACUGCGCGACGGCGAUGGCAAACACGUCUACUACAUGUGGGCACUGGGCCUCGUGCUGACCAACUCUGCGUUCAUGUACCGCGUGUUCUAUCUCCUGUUCAGCGUGAUUGGCGCGGCGUCCACGCCGUUCCUGUUCGCUGUCCAUCUUCUGGACAUUGCGCUGCAGAACCAGGUGCUGUUCAACGUGCUGCAGUCUGUCGUGCACAACGGGCGGCAGCUGCUUAUCACCAUCGCCUUCACCGUCUGUGUCAUCUACAUCUACACCGUGAUCGCCUUCAACUUCUUCCGCGUGUUCUUUGAGAAGGAUGACAAGAACAUGUGUGCGUCCAUGCUCGAGUGCUUCGUCUUCAUGAUCAACGCGGGUCUGCGCUCUGGUGGUGGCAUUGGCGACGAACUCGAGCCUGCGACGGGACACGAGCUUGAGUCAUACCGCAUCAUGUUCGACAUCACGUUCUUCUUUGUCGUCAUCAUCAUUCUCCUGGCCAUCGUGCAGGGUCUGAUCAUUGACGCAUUUGGUGAACUGCGUGAUCGCAUGGAAGCCGUCAAGCAAGCAAACGACAACCAGUGCUUCAUCUGCGGUUUGACGCGACAGGACCUUGACAAGACACCGCAUGGGUUCAAGAUGCACGUGGAGGAGGAGCACAACUUGGACUACUACCUCUUCUUCUUCAUGCACCUGCUGCACAAGCCCGUAACAGAGCACACGGGCCAGGAGAGCUUUGUGUACGACCUUUACCGCAAGCGCGACUUCAAGUUCUUUCCUGUCGGCGAAUGUUUCCGGGACGCCGCUGCGUCGCAGGAGCAGGAGCAGACAGAGGCCUGACCGCUCGAGGGAUUGGGGAUUGGAGAAGAUAGCAGUGCGGAGGGAUUAGACGGCAAGCGAGAAUAGAUGAAAACACGGAAGGGUCUGUGUGUUUGUGUGUCUGUCUGUCUGUCUGUGUGUGUGUGUCUGUCUGUCUGUCUGUGUGUGUGU